CAUAGCUGCUGAGAUGAAAGCCCACCCAAAUAAAGAAUCCUGAACCUGAAAGACGUCGGCGUCGUCGUCGUUCACCUCCAAAACCCUGCGCACCCAAAGAGCUUGUUCCAAUUCAAAUUCAGUCAGCUCAGAGCUGAUGGAGAGCUACCGACAACAAAAGAUACAGAAAUUGGAGGAGUUCGUCGAUGGCCGCCUCAAACCUGACCUUGUUCAAACCAUCGCUCAACGGGACAAGGUGUUUGAAAAGCAAAAAGUUUUCUCGGAUUUGCGAAAGAACAUUGAGAACUUGGAGAAAAAUAGUGUAACCAGUCUUAGGACGAUGGUAAAUCUUGGUUCUGAAGUUUAUAUGCAAGCUGAAGUGCCAGAUGCGCGACACAUAUUUGUAGAUGUUGGACUUGGAUUCCAUGUGGAAUUUACCUGGUCUGAAGCUUUGAAUUACAUAUCUCAAAGAGAAGAAAAGUUAGAGAGGGAAAUUGAAGAUUAUACCAACCGCAUUGCCUCGAUUAAAUCCCACAUAAAGAUGGUAUGUGAAGGGAUUCGGGAAUUACUCCAGCUUCCAGCAGAGAAACCUGUGCCAGAGCUCAACUUUUGACAUCGAUAACUUCUUUACUUGGUUGUAUUGUGACUUGCCACUGAAGUAAAGCUGUUUACAAUUUCAUGUUUAACCUUAUAAGCUGUUUCACAUCUUCAAGUUGUGCUGGGAACGUAUUAAGUUGUUGCAACUAACUAUCAUGCAUUCAUGCCUUAAUCAGAAAACAAGCCAUUUGAGGUGUAUAAUUGUGUGUU